AAAGUAAUAUGUUGUAAUAACGAUUUUACGAUAAUUAACUGUAUAAGUACGUUGCUGUACAGUAUAUUGCUGUAAACAUCAGUGUCGUAGAGCAUGGGAACAAAUAUCUACAGUAAGCUAGUGUAAAGGAGCGUGCAAAAAGCAUUGUGGGAUACAGCGCACAUGCGCAUUAGGCGGAUCGGCUGCAUAUGCGCGUAUGCGUUGCACGUGAUUGGCUCCCGCGCUAGCCCGCCACGCCGCGCCGCCAUUUUUAAUUUUCUGCAAAGAUUUGAGCUGAGAUAUAUAGCUAGCUGAGCUGGCCGGCCUGAUCCUGAGCAACGAAUCUGAAUCUGUUCUGUUCCUGGUCCUGAUCCUCGAGCUGGGAUAUUCCAAGGGGAUCCGAGUAUGCCAUGGAUUACUGCUGAAGUCACACAGUGUGCAUGCUGAAACACUAAUCAGACGGAUGCUCUACAUGGACAUCAUAUACCCAUGUACGUUUGUAAGCUAUGUAAUCAUUCUUCUGGAUCAUUGAAGCGGUUUUCUGAACACUUUUCAGUCCAUAGAAAUGUGGUGAAUUUCGAUUUCCCGUGUGGUGUUCCUGGCUGCAAUCGAACAUUCAGAAAUUAUUCAUCCUUCAAAACCCAUGUGCAUAGGGAUCAUCAACCAUUUUCAAGAAAAAAAGAUGCCCAGUUUUUCUGCGUUUCUACCUGGAAUUGUCCACUCUGUGCUGUAAAAUGUGAGGAAAUCCAUGACAUACUUUCUCAUCUUAGAGUUCAUAUCAAACACGGAGUUGAAAUACGCUGUCCUUUUGCCAAUUGCAAAAAACGUUUUUCAGUGAGGUCGUCUUUUGCGUCACAUAUAUCAAGAGUUCACAAUAAGUUAGACCAGAUUCAGUUAGACUCAACUUCAAGUGAAACUGGUACUGUGUUAACUGAAUCCGCCCAAGAAAAUAAUCAGGAGUUUCCUGGAAGACUGCACUCAAGUGACGAGGAAAGUGUGACAGAUGAUGAAGUAGAUGUAUCCGCUGACUCAUUCAAACACAGCUUAUCCUUGUUUUAUCUGAAGUUGGAGGCAAAAUUACUACUGCCCAACUCUACAAUUCAGGAAAUAAUUGACACAGUUCAGGAUAUUCAUGCAUUAAGCCAACAAAAUUUGAUACCAAAAUUAAAAAAGAAACUUGAAGGAAUAGGAAUUACCGAUGAUGAGGUUACCAACGUUUUAACUUUAUUUAAAUCUGAGGAUUUGUUCAGUGCUUCAAAUUGUAAAGAAUUUCGAUCAGAGUCUACAAGAAAAUCACAUUUUAAAGCACUUUUUGAUUAUGUUUCCCCAACUGAGAUAUAUUUAGGAGAAGAUCAGUUUGGCAAACAGCGAUUUUGCCAAUACAUUAAAAUUCAAGACACACUAAGAGCAUUAUUCAAGCAGAACUCAUUUAUCAAAGAUUACAUUAUAUUUAUAUUUAUUAGAUUAUAUUUAAGUAACCUAUAUUUUAUUUCGACAUAUUUCAAGUUAUAUAAUAAUAUAUUUUUUUUAAGUAACUUAUAUUUUAUUACGAUAUAUGUUACGUUAUAUGGUAAUAUGUUUUUUUAUCAUAUUUAAUACGUAGCAAUAUUGUAGCUAAACGAAUUUCAUAAUUUUAUGUUUUCAUUUUACAUGUACACAAAUUGAUCAUAUUUUCUAUUUUCUUUGUUCAUUGUGCACAUUGGUAAUUCUAUUUCAUUAAUUUCUGUAUAUCAUGUAUAUUUUCUUAUUGUCAAGUAUGUUUUACGGUUUUUGUUAUUUUGCACAGCCCCUUUGUAAACCAGCCGAGUAGCUGAAUAGGGCUUUUACCGUCAAUAAAUCAAUCAAUCAAUCAAUUGAAUGACAGCUCAUGAAGUUGAAACAAGUUUCUGUGCAGAAUUGGCAUGUAAAUGAGACAAAAAUACAGAAGAAUAUGAAACACGUAUUAAAGAUUACAAGUUUAAUAUAACAGAGCAACUCAAAUUAAAUGGGGUAUUAGUUCAAAAGAUAAAUUAAACAAAAAUAAAGUGAGUAAUGUCUUUUGGAGAGAUUCUACCAGGUAUAGAGAGUUUUCCUUGAUUCUGCCAGGUAUAUGGAGACUUUUCAUUGAUUGUAUUCUGAUAGUAGUUGUCGUUUAAUAGUGGCUUUAAAGGAAGAUAAAAGUGUAUAAAAUAUGUCUUGUUUACAAUUGAAGAUAAUUCUUUACAAUAGUUUUUUACAAUUCAGAAUUUUAAAGUGAACAUAUUGUUGUCUGUUCGACAAAUAAUUUUUGACCCAAGAAAGUGCAGUGCCCCUAAGCCAUACGUUGUGAUUUAGCAUAUCAAUGCCUUAAAGCCGCUAUGUCUGCACAAUUGCGUGUGUUAUUCUGUCGUAUAAUUAAAUUAAUGCUAGGUCGGGUGAAUGAUUUUUUUUUUAAGCCAUAUUGGUUGGGAUUAAGCAAGUUAUGUGUAUUUCAGAAUUGGUAUAAUCUAAACAAUUUUUUCAAGAAUUUUUGAGAUACUGGAAGGAUGACUAUGGGUCUGUAGAUUCUUGAGUACUUGAACUUUUGCAGUUUUUAGUGGUUUUACUUGUUUUAAUGUUUUACUUGAUAGUUUCUUUGCAAGCAUUUUCAUAAUGUUACACUAUUUGAGAAACUUGUUUUAUGGAGCGUUGAUUACCCAAUAAAGACUUUAAUAAUGA